UCUAUCGUUUCUUUUUUCAAUUGGAGGCUGAAUAACCAGCGAACUAUUCAGUAGCAAACAUGAGGAAUUUGAUCGAAACGAAGCAAACGACGGCGACGACCGCAAACUGCAAGGCCAGGAGGGGCAAAAUGAAGCCCCCGCCAAGUCCCUUCCAGAUGCUCUUGCAGAUCGAGCUCCUGGUCAUCUCCACCGCCUUCUUGCUCCUCUUCCUCGUCAUCUUCGGCUCAUGCCGACGCCGUUGCAACAGCGACAAGUUCCGGCUCGUCAUUUUCGCGGCCUACACUCUCUCGUCCUACGUACUCGCCUACGCUCUAGGCCUCAUGUACAGUAUUCCGUUCCACAACCCACUAUUCCCCAUCUGGGCAAUGUUCCUGAUGAUCGCCCUCGGGAGCGCAGAUUCUCUCUCCGCAUACAGUCUGGAGGACACCGAGAAGUGGAAGAGCUAUAAUUGGCAGCUCGGGAUCAAAUCGAUCUGGUUGGGCUUGUUGAUAGGCUUGCACAACAACGACAUAUCCAACAAGAUUAUCCUGUUCGCUUGCCUCUUCUUCAUCUGGGCCUUGAAGUGUGACGAGAGGUCUCGGGCCUUGAUGGCGGCAAGCCGGCAGUCUUUGGAGAGGAGCACCAAAGUAGUUGCUGAUUACAUGAGCAGGGAGCACGAAAAUGGGGGUGUUUCACGUGGUGAAGUUGAUCCGGUUAGCAUGAGAGGGUAUAGAUAUGUGGUGAGGGGCGAAGAGGAGAGAUGGGCGAAGAACCUUGUUCUUAUGCGAUUUAUCAAGUGGUGUCUAGGGAAGAAGGAGCCGGCGCCGGCAGCAGGGCUGCCACCGGCACCGCAUUACCGGAUGCCAUUGGAAAAAGAAGAUGAAUUAAUCACUGUUGAGAAGGUGUGGAAGUGUGAAGGGAGGCUCUUAAGCCAAGGAGGAGACCCCCACGACAAGCUCAAAGACACGUGCCUCUCUUUUGCACUUUUCAAGCUCCUCCGUUUGAGAUAUGCUGGCUACUCAUUGCCCCAAAAGGCUCACGAUAAUACAUGGAAGUUGAUUCGGGAUGGAUUGCUCUCGCAAGAAGACGGUUACAAGCGAGCGUUUCGAGUUGUCGAGGUUGAGCUCACGUUCCUUUUCGAUUUCUUGUACACCAAGUACAGUAUCAUAUUCCAGCCCGGCCGGUUGCUGCUCAAAUUGGCGGAGUUCGUGUAUGUCACUCUCGGCAUUUGGUACACAACAUCAAUCUUGAAGAAUUACAGGAAACACUGCGAUAUUAAUAAACCGGCCACUUUGCCGAAUGGGUUGGUAAUCGACAUACUUAUGACCAGGGUGAUGAUAAUCUUGUUCAUCAUAGUGGAGCUCAUGCAGUUCUUCUUCAUAUGGUUCUCGGAAUGGGCUAAAGUUAUAUGGAUCUGCAAGUAUGUGCAGAAGAAAUCAUGGCAAGGAAAUGUGUGGAUUGAGAGGAUGAUCAGAGCGAUAUGUUGGGUCCAGUUGCUGAAGCCUUGGGAGCAAAAGCUUCGUCAGUAUUCAUUCCUCAAGUCGUACUCUUAUAAGCCUUGCAGGUUAUUGAACAACAAGUUGAUGGCGGUCUACAUCGAUCAAACUAGGGAUGGCCAGAGACAGAGCUCGCCGAUUAAAUUGCCUGAAGAUGUGAAGCAAGCGGUGUUUGAUGCUUUGAAGUUGAAUUACGGUACUAAAUUGGAGAAUGGACAGGCCUCACUGAGAGUGAAAAAAGUGUUCGGGAAACUGUCAUGGGCAUGUCAGCUUGAGACAGAGACUCAGGUCAUAAUGGUGUGGCACAUCGCCACUAGCUUCUGUGAGCACCAACAGCCGGUAAGAUCAAACUCGCCCGGAACGAGGAGGAAUUUCCUAGUGGCAACUAGCUUGUCCAAGUAUUUGGCUUACUUGGUUGCUUUCGCUCCACGGCUACUGCCAGAUCACCCUUGCGUUGCAGAGUCCGUGUUCGAUCAGGCGAUUGUCGAAGCCAGGGAGUUCUUUGGGAGAUGCAACAAAACGGAGGACCGGGUUAGGGAGAUGGAGAGGAAGGGCAGAGGUAGUUCUGCGCAUGAAGAAACUGUUAUCAACAGGGGUGCUCGGCUCGGGAUUCAGCUCGUGAAUGAUAUAGAACGCGAGGACAUGAUUUGGAGGAUUCUGGCCGACUUUUGGGUGGAACUGGUGUUGUAUGUGGCCCCUUCAGACGAUGUGAAAGCGCAUGCAGAGCAUUUGACUAGAGGAGGUGAGUUUGUAACUCACUUGUGGGCCUUGCUCUCUCACGCAGGGAUCGAGAGAGAUCAUCCUACUAAGCCGCGCAAUGCACUGGAGAGAAGCAAAAGCUUGUGAACUAAUCCAGUGUAUGCUAGCAUCAGUUGCAAGUGAACGGUGAUUUCGAUAUAAAUGUUGCUAAUGAACAAUUCAGGCGGAUCUCGAGCCAGUCAAUGUGCAAUGAAUUUGAUUA